UGCGAUCGGAGCCAAGGGUGAAAUCUUAUAUAAAAGUAACCGAAGCCUUUACUCUACGAAUUUAGGCUUUUACUAACACCAAACAUAAUGUUGUCAUUGAAAUUCCUUUCAAGACUAUUGACGCUUCCAUUCGUCAUCGUCAAAACUACAAUUGAGUACUACACCGUGGGGACUAUCUAUUCCAAAACAAACAAAGAGUUCAAUACCUUAUACAAAAAUGUUCACCUCUCAGUUGAAAACCACUUGGCGAACAAGUUCUAUCUUUCGGACAUUCCAAUUGUGGUAUACCAGCCAAUGGCUCUGAUUAUUAAAAAGUUUUCCUCAAAUCCCAUGAUUACAGCUGGGCAUUUGAAGCACUACGGCGAGAGAUUUAAUGAUCACAGCUUUUGGAUCCACAAAAAUAACGAUUCAAAGCAUGUACUUGUUUAUUAUCAUGGUGGUGGUUAUGCCUUAAGCUGUUUUGAUGCCCAAAUAGCUGGGUUCAUCGCCAUUUUCUAUGCCUUACCGGCGGAAGUCCGUGAUAGUUUAUCCCUUUUAAUUGUGGACUAUAGUUUAACUUUCCAACCCAACAGCAAAUUUCCCAGACAAAUAUUUGAAGCAUUGGAAAUUCAUGCCAAACUUUUGCAAGAAAAGUUCACGGAUAUUCACUUGAUUGGAGACUCGGCAGGAGGAAACUUAGCAUUGGCCAUUUUGAGAUUCUUGAACUAUCCAGAAGAAACCGGCUAUUUUGACCAAUUUAAAGAAUAUGACUUCAAACAGUUUGAGGGACUAAAAAUUCAACCCAAAUCUUGUAUUCUCGUUAGUCCGUGGGUUCAACCUUUGCAUAUUACUUCAAAUAGAAAGAACAUUAAUAAUGUGGGUGACUUAGGUGCUAGAAACACCGUUAUGGGAGAAUGGUAUAUUGGUGAUACUCCUAACGAUGAGAAAUUGGCCAAUUGGGUAUCGUUUUCAAAGAUUGAUGCUACCAGGUUUGAUAAAAUACAACAAUUAAAGGACAAUAAGAGUAUUGUUAUAUACGGAGGAAGAGAAGUUUUAACAGAUGGUAUUGAAGAUUUCCUUGAAACUAUUAACAGUUUCGGAGAUGUAAAACAUUAUAUUGAAGAAGGAGGCAUCCACGUCGGGUUAUUCUACGUGGAAAGUUUAGAUUUCUUGGGUUCAGGAGGUGCCAAGGCAGUAAAUGGCGAAUUUGAAGGGAAAUUCUCUUACAAUAUUGUGUCGGACUUCCUUACUCCACUUAUCACGCACAGUUAGGUUUUGCAAUGUUUAAAUUAAAACACUAAUGACAUUUGAUCUCACUUAGUAUUUAUAGUUGCGUUAAACUAAACCCUUUCGUAGAUGGCUAAAUCUACAAACAUCGGG